AUGGACUCAAUCGACAAAAAUUCAUCUGAAGUUCUAGUGGGAUCAGCAUUGCGCGCAGCGAAGAAUGCUCUGAUAUAUGGAUAUAAGAUCAGAUUUGUCCAUGCUAUAGCGCUACAGUUAUUAUCCGUAAAGAAAAAUCAAAACUACUGGAAACAAUUUAUCGAGAAAGUGGCUAAAAGCGUUCGGAUGGGAUUGAAUCAUGGUAAAGUGUUGGCUUUGUUUGCUCUUCUCUACAAACUCCUGUUUGGGACAUUAUUGACCCUUUCUAGAGAGACUGUUAAAGGCCGUAAAAGUGAAGAAUAUUGGACAAAAGUGAAAGGCUCUAUUGGUUUUAUCUCCGGCUUCAUUUCCGGUCUUCUUAUCUAUGGAGGGGUAUUAAACGAACAUUUUGGGAAGGAUGUUCUUAACGACAGGAUUCUCACCCAGAUUACGCUUUACACACUUUCCAGGACAAUUUUGGCAAUGGGUAAAUAUUUGGCAGUUAGAAUAGCCGGUAGUGGAAAGGGUAGUAGGCAGGUUAAGAAAAUUGAAGAGGUGAGUUGGAAGGUUGGAACUGCUGCGGUUUGGGGUACUGUGAUGAUGUUUUACUCGAUCGAUAGAAAAUAUUACUUACAAAGAGCCAUGAGAAUAAGUAUGGACUUUCUUUAUGGGGAGACACUAUAUAGCUGGAUGGAUGCCUUUAACUACGGCCAUUAG